AUGCAGUGUGGGAAUUUUCGAUGCGGUGCGAAGAGAAGGCCCAUCGAGAAUGUUGAAAUUUUUCAAAACACCAGCAUAGACUCUUAUCAACCAAUCAACCAACACAUCCUCCCACAGCAACAACAACAAGACAAAUCACAGUUGAAGAUGGGAAGCAGCAGCAGUAGCAAGAAAGAAAGCAAGUCCAAAGAGGCCAAAGAGGCCAAAUCGCCCAAGACACCGAAAGUCAAACAGGAAGAGCCACCAGCAGCAGCAGACGACAACUACGAAAAAAGAAUGUCGGCAGUCUUGCCCUUUGCCCAGCCGCUCGCAUCCAAGAAACUCAACAAAAAGAUCUUAAAGACCAUAAAGAAGGCCUCCAAGGCCAAGCACGUCAAGCGCGGGGUGAAAGAAGUGGUGAAGGCCUUGAGAAAAGGCGAAAAGGGCCUCGUUAUCAUUGCAGGCGACAUUAGCCCCGCAGACGUCAUAUCGCAUAUCCCCGUCUUGUGUGAAGACAGUGCUGUCAGCUACGUCUUUAUCCCUUCGAAAGAGGAUUUGGGAAGCGCCGGUGCUACAAAGAGACCCACUUCCUGCGUGAUGAUUGUGCCUGGGGGCGGCAAGACCAAGAAGAACGCCGACAAAGUCGACGAAUACAAAGAAGGAUACGAUGACAUCGUCAAGGAGAUUAGCUCGGUCUGA